GCGAUUAGUACACCCGGUUUGUCGAGUGCGUCGACACACUCGCCCGCGUGUCGAUCGUCGUGCAGUACGUUAUUGUAGUAAUUAUUAGGUAUUAUUUUUGAAUUAAAAUCGACGACGCACCGUCGCAAGUCGGCAGUUACUUCUCAUCAAACGUCUUGUCUUUCCGCGGUUCGAUUGAUAUUAAAAACAAUAAUACAGUUCACAUAAUAUUAUUACGUCGGUAAUCUGUUAGUCGACGGUAGUACUGAAAUACAAUAACAUAAUUGCACGACGAACGCCACUCGGACGACGAAAUUAUUAUCGUCGAACAAUUACCAUUAUUUAAACUCAAAACCGUUUGUGCGUGUGUGUGCUAUUUAUUUUUUCUCACCGAUCGAUUCGUCGUUUCCAGCGCCAACGAUUCAUCAGCUGCACCCUGCACACGCCGACACCGUCUCCGGCGAGGAUAUAAUAAUUACUGUGGCACCUACCACGGUAACGAAACAAUUUUUGGUGGUCCGCCGCCAUCAUACAAAUUGUCGCACCGAACGGAACGAACGGACUUGAGGACACGUAAAAUCCCGUCGCCAUGAAGUUCACACUCUCCGAAUGGAUAAUUCUGGCCGUGGUCGGAUCUGUGCACUUUUGUUGCGCUAUUUGUAUAUCGUUGCAAGCGCCUUUUUACCCCGAAGAAGCUGAGAAGAAAGGAUGUUCAGCUACAGAAUAUGGCUUUGUUUUUGGCAGUUUCGAACUGGUGGCAUUCCUUACGUCGCCAAUUUUCGGAAGCCUGAUACAAAAGGUCGGGCUGAAAUAUAUGUUGGUAAUUGGCAUCGUAUUGAACGCUCUGUCGACCGUAGCUUUCGGAUAUUUGACGUACGUCGACGAAAGAAAAAUGUUCUUACUAUUAUCGCUAUGCCUUAGGGUGUUGGAGUCUUUGGGUGCUACAGGCGCCAUGGUAGCCGCAUUCUCGCUAACGGCUGUCUCAUUUCCCGAAUCAGUUGCCAGCACUUUCUCCGCUCUCGAAGUAUGUUACGGAAUGGGUUAUAUCGUUGGACCAACUCUCGGUGCUUUGUUGUUCGAGGUCGGAGGAUUUUCGCUUCCGUUUGUGGUCAUGGGCUUGAUUACUCUAGGAACGUCGUUCUUGGUGUGUAUUUUGAUGAAACAAGACGUGCCUAGUCCGAACAAAGCUAAAACUAAAGUAACACAUCUUAUGAGCGUUCCUACAGUACUCAUAAAUUCAAUUGCAACAGUGAUAACAGCCACAGCUAUGGGAUACUAUUCAGCUACGUUAGAGCCACACAUUCGCGGGUUUGGACUUUCAUCUGUGGACGUCGGAUUCGUGUUCAUCAUCAGCGGUGGAACGUACGCGCUGAUAGCGCCAUUCAUUGGAUACAUUUGCGACACCGGAUUAAAUCCUAAAAAAAUUAUGAUCAUCGGAACAAUCCUAACAGUCAUCAGCUACUCCUUAGUUGGACCAGCUCCAUUCAUGCCAUUACAAAAAUCCAUGCUGUUGGUGGUCAUUGGAUUGGUCAUACAAGGAGUCGCACUGGGCAUGAUCUGCGUGCCCACGUUCGUUGAUUCUAUGACUGCUGCCUUCGAUAGCGGUUUUCCAAACGACAUACACACUUAUGGGCUGUUAUCAGGAAUCUGGUCAUCGUCAUUUGCCCUUGGCGCAUUUUUAGGCCCAUCGAUAGCUGGCUUUUUGUAUGACUUGGUCGGAUUCGAAAAUGGAACGUACUUUGAAAUUUCAUUACACAUUACAUUGGGCAUUGCGCUGAUGUUGUUCGUGUGCCUGGAACGGCGGCCGUCUGACAAGUUCGUGGUGAACGGCAUGAGCGACUCGACCGUCGGAUUCGCCGGGCGCGCGGACGUGGCUGACCCGACCAGCGCGGCGCCGGUGCCUGGCGCCCCGCUCAAGUCGCCCAUCUACACAAUCAACGGGCACAACCAAUCGUUCCGGUCCAGCCACCGAUUCGGUUCGACUUACGGAAGCUUCAGCAACUCGUGCUUGGGCACGUCUCUGUCGUCGAUGCGCAUCAGCAGCGAAGCCAAGGCCGAGGCCCGGGGCAGCCCGCUGGCCGUCGAAUCCAGGAUCUAGACCGCCGACCACCGUAUUAUGAUGAUAACGAAUGGUGGUGAUGAUGAAUUCGAUGACGACGAUCAUCAUCAUCAUCAUAAUACAACGAUAGCAACAACCAACCCCAUCAUCCUCCAUACCCCACCACCACCCACACGUUGUGAUAACGGCGUUGAUGUUAGACAAGCAGACUCGUCUCCAUAUAAAUAUUUAUAGAUAUAUAUAUAUAUAUAUAUAUAUAUAUAUAUAUAUAUAUAUCUGUGUGCGUGUAUAUAACUUGUCGUCCAGUCGUAAUUCCACCGCUGCCCACGCACGUACUUACCACGCGUUCGCGACACUAAAGUAAAGCGCAUAACACAUAAUAUUUUUGUACCCCGCCCCGCGCCGAUUCAUCUCCAUUACCUAGCCCCCGACAAAAGUGUUGACCGACUGAAAAAUCGUAUCUCACAUCGGCCGGGGCUUAUAAUACGUAUACUGUUAUCACUGCAUAUAUUAGUAUAACGAUACACUCUAAUAUUGUUCGUUUAAGUUUUAUCAUACUAUAAUCGUGUACGGUGUGACGUGCGCGCGCGCGCGGCAUGUGUGUAUGUGUGAAGUGUAUUUUAUUGAUUUUUAUCCACGUCUUAUACGCAAAUGAUUUUGUAUACAAUGAUUUUGAUUUUUUACCCUUCUCUGUCCCUCUAUUUCUCACCGUUAAACCCGUCCGUCGUAUUAAUACAUCCAUGCCAAUAAUAAUAAUUAUAAACCUUAAGUACUUAUUAUUGUUACUGUUAUUAUUAUUAUUACAAGUAUCGUUUUAUU